AUGAAGAUUGUUGCGAUUACGGAUCACGAUACAGUGCGAGGAGUGAUGAAGGUGAAGGAGCGCGUUCAGGAUGGAAUGCGAAUUAUUUCCGGGAUGGAAUUGUCUUCUUACUCUGAUACCGAGAACUACAUUCACUUGGCGUGCUAUUUUCCCAAAACUGCAGAUCUCUCCAAGAUUCUAGAAGAAAUGGACUCCCAUGUGCGCGAAGUGAGAGUUCAGAGAUGCAAAACGAUUCUCGGAAAGCUUGAGCAAGAUGGGUAUCACAUUCCUUAUUCGGAUAUAGAAGCCAAAACAAAGGACUGCUACCCAAGUCUCCCUGUCAUCGCCCAGUGCUUAUUGGAGCAUCAUUAUAUCAACACGAUUCCAGAAGCGUAUAUUCGCUUCAUCGGAAAUAACUGCAAAUACUUCGAACCUGUGAAACUUUACAAUCUGGAGCAGGCAAUCCAGUUCAUCCACAAAUUCAACGGUCUCUGUGCCGUCGCUCAUCCCUGGCUCUAUAACUAUCCCAUUCGUGUUUGCAAAGAAGCUCUGCAAUACGGCGUGGAUGGUGUGGAAUGUUUCCCUCCUCGCCAUCAUCCUGAGGCAAGCAGCGUGGUAUAUCGCACGUUCUGUCAUAAGCACAAUCUGUUCUGCUGCAGUGGUUCUGAUUUCCAUGGUGUGACAUCCUCCGAAGUGGGAAUCGGGGAGAACGUUUUCCCCGAGAAGGAAGUGGGUGCGACCUUGGAGUUGUUUGAACAGAAAGGGAUCCUCUAUCGUGUUUUUUUCAAAACAGAGUCAAACAAACAAGCAAUAAAUCCAUGA